AUGGACGAGCAGAGCGGCUUGAUGACCGGUGGUUAUGAUGCCCUCGAACAGUAUCAUCUCCCACGGCCCAUGCCUCUAUGGCUCAACCCAAAUUAUGCCAAGCAUAUCGUUAAGGGCAACUUCAUGACCCUGAGUGCCAGGCCAAAGACCGUUGAGCAAGGAGAGUGGAUCGCUCACCAAGUUAUCGAGCACUACCGUAAUCUGUGGAACUUUGUUCGUGUCAUUCAUGAGAAGGAAGAAGAUGGCUCAUCCAUAUGCAAUCCGAACAGUUGCCCUCGCAUGUCUGCAGGCCAGAGCCACUCGUUCACUUGGCUCAACAGUCGCAGAGAGCCCGUGGAGCUUCCUGCUUAUGAGUACAUCACGCUUAUGCAGCGAUGGAUAUCGGGCAAAAUUGACGACACGAGAAUCUUCCCCACUGAGGCUUCUGGAGUCUCCUACGCGCACAACUCAAACAUCACCACCACCCCGUUGUCCCAACUGACGAAUCCAGGGGAACCUGAUUGGGUCGGCAAACGAUCUGGGUUCCCCCAGAACUUCGUGGAGGUCUGCCAGACCAUCUUUCGCCAGAUGUUCCGCGUCUAUUCACACCUGUACUGGGCCCACUUUGUUGAACCAUUCUAUCAUUUGAACCUGGAGAAACAGCUCAACAGCUGUUUCAGCCAUUUCAUCCUGACCGCCACCGCGCUCGAUAUGCUCAAGCCACAUGAGCUUGAGCCCAUGCAGCCGUUGAUUGACCUAUGGGCUGCGAGCGGCACGUUCCCGCCCGAGUCCAAGGCCUACGAAUACGCCAACCUGAGUUCAGGCCAGAAGCUGCUUCAACUCGGCAAUGCCUCCGCGUCCUGA